UUAAAGUGGCCAUGUUAAAUAGCUGUGAGGUUGCUAAAUGCCUGCUUUGCUAACUGAUCUUCUCCCCAGCUGGCAGCUCUUUAGAGCAGGAGACAUGAGGUUGCUAAACCCAUUCAUUUCUCACAUGCACCCACGUUCCUAAUGUCUGUGGAGAUCUGCCUUUAAAAGUCCUCUGCCAGCCAUUGGAAUGAAGAGCACUUUUGAAGACAUGGUAAUUAUUAUGGGAUUUAGGGGUGUGUGGAAAUGAUUCAUGGAGAUGUUUCCCAGCCAGCAGGCUCAUGGAGCCAGGUGAGCUCUUCCCUGGAAUGCGAAGCAUGCAGCGUGGCAACUGGGAGAAACAGGUUUGGCAGGACUUUUUAAGCUGUUUGCAGCAGCCAGCCCUUUCAGAGGCAGUCCCUGCUUUGCUGGUCUCCCAGCUGGAUGCUCUGCUCUGCCACGCUGGCCCUGCUGAGCUGGAGAGGAUGGACACGCUGCGCAGGAGCCUGUCUCGAUGGAAGAGGUACCACAUCAAGGUGCACCUGGCUGAUGAGGACCUGAUGAUGCCCCUGACAGUCAGGCCCAGGGACACGGUGAUGGACCUGCGGGCUCUCUUGGUACGGGAGGGCAUCACUUCCUGGAAAAAGACAUUUUAUUACAACUCCAGGCAGCUCGAGGAGCACGAGACCCUCAAAGAAGCCAAUAUCCAGAAUGGUUCUGUCCUCCUCCUUGUCAGCAAUAACAGGUAG